AUGGAAUCGGAGAAACCCAAUCUCGGAGCGAUCUACGGUGCCUUUGUGAGACCUUCAUGGGCAUUUCUUCUCCUUCUUUUCACCGCCGCAGCGAUUCUCUCUCUCCAAAUCUCCUCCAAUUCCAUUUUCCCUCUCUGGGACGCCCUCUCUGGAUCCGAAAACCCGACGAGCCGACUCGGUGACCCGACUCAGUCCUGCUCCGGGUUCUUACGCGGCGAGCCGCCGCCGAGACGGGUCAUGAUGUCGAUAACGGAGUUCGGCGGAGUCGGCGACGGCGAGACGUCGAACACGGCGGCGUUCCGUCGCGCCGUGCGGCACCUGCGGCGGUUCUCCGGUGAAGGCGGGGCCCAGUUGAACGUCCCCAAGGGCACGUGGGUCACCGGAAGCUUCAACCUCACCAGUAACUUCACGCUGUUUCUCGAACACGGAGCUGUAAUUUUGGGAUCCCAGGAUCUAAGCGAAUGGCCGGUAGUGGAGCCCUUGCCUUCGUAUGGAAGAGGACGAGAAAGACCCGGGGGUCGACACAUUAGCCUCGUUCAUGGAGAUAGUCUCACUGAUGUUGUCAUUACAGGAGAAAACGGGACAAUAGAUGGGCAAGGGAAGAUGUGGUGGGAGUUAUGGUGGAACAGAACAUUGGUCCACACAAGGGGCCAUCUUGUUGAGCUCAAGAACUCCCAUGAUGUUCUCAUCUCCAACCUCACUUUACUCAAUUCUCCAUUUUGGACAAUCCAUCCAGUGUACUGCAGCAAUGUUGUUAUCAAGAAUAUGACAAUCUUGGCACCGAUGAAUGCCCCUAACACCGAUGGUAUUGACCCUGAUUCAUGCACCAAUGUUUGCAUAGAGGACUGUUACAUCGAGAGUGGGGACGACCUCGUGGCUGUGAAGAGCGGGUGGGACCAUUAUGGCAUGGCCAUGGCCCGUCCGAGUUCUAACAUCAUCAUCAGAAGGAUUUCUGGAACAACCACUACUUGUUCUGGGAUUGGAAUAGGCAGCGAGAUGUCUGGUGGGAUUUCCAACAUAACCGUGGAAGACAUUCAUGUCUGGGAUUCUGCUGCAGGGAUACGUAUAAAGACCGAUAAAGGUAGAGGUGGGUACAUCACCAAUAUCACCAUCAGGAACAUACUGAUGGAGAAAGUGAAGAUUCCGAUUAGAUUCAGCAGCGGCUCAAACGAUCAUCCGGACGACAAAUGGGAUCCGAGAGCUAUCCCGAGAGUAAAAGGGAUCUACAUAAGCAACAUUGUCAGUCUGAAUUCGAGAAAAGCCCCGAUGUUGCUUGGGGUUGAAGGCACGUCGUUCGAAGAUAUAUGCUUAACGAACGUUACUCUUCUCGGGCUACCACAGUCCGCGGAAUGGAAGUGCGAGAAUGUUUCCGGGUACACGACUGGCGUCUUCCCGUUGUCGUGCCCCGAGCUGCGGAACAACAGAUCAGCUUCUCGGUGUUCAUAGUCGACGAUCCUGAAAUGUGUAUUUAUGUACUUCUGAUGAGCAGUUUAGAGUGAAAUCUUGUUCUGGGUUUGAUCCAUUUGAUGUUCUUCAGACAACAUGACCAUGAGUUCCAAAAAUUUCGGGGAUGAACCAUGGGUCUGUCUGAAACACAAUAGUUAUAGGAUAUGUAUUUGGUCUUUGUAACUUUUUUUUUGUUGGUAACCAUUGAUCUUUUUUUUAAUACACAUUCAUUUGACA